AUGGCCAACCCAGCUCUGACAGAAGAUGCCGUGAGCCCAGGCGCAGUUGCUUGGGUCUUGACCUCAACGGCAUUCGUGUUCUUAAUGACUGCGGGGCUUGGCUUCUUCUAUGGUGGCCUGGUGCGCGACACAAACAUCAUCAACACCAUGAUGAUGAGCGUGGUGUCCAUGGGAAUCGUGACUCUGACCUGGGUUGUCUUUGGCUUCUCAUGGGCAUUUGGAGACAAUGGUUCCACUGGAUUCGGCAUGUUCGUUGGCAACUUCGACUACAGCCUUUGGAUGGAUUUGGACAUGAAGAUGUGGGGUGACUCCGGCCUCCCAGCUUUGGUGUUCGCUGCCUUCCAGAUGACCUUUGCCAUCAUUUCUUCUGCAAUCAUUUCCGGCUCGUUGGUGGAGCGCAUGCGUUUCAGUGCUUACUGCAUCAUGCUCGCUCUGUGGUCCCUUCUGAUCUACGCACCUUUGUGCCACUGGGUUUGGGGCCCUGGCGGCUGGAUUGGUGAGAUGGGAGCUUUGGACUUCGCCGGUGGAACUGUGGUUCACAUCAGCUCCGGUGUGUCCGGCCUUGUUGCCGGUGGCAUCCUUGGACCACGCAGGCACGUGGAGAAGGAUUUGGGCCCUGCCAACGUCCCUUUCGUGAUCUUGGGUGGUUGCCUCCUUUGGUUCGGCUGGUUGGGAUUCAACGGCGGUUCUGCUCUGUCCGUCACAGAUGGAGUUGCAGCCCGUGCGGUGGCCACCACUUUCGUGGCUUCAGCCUCAUCCAUGCUGACCUGGUUGGCCCUGGAGCGCAUCUUGAAGGGCAAGUCUACCAGUGUCGGAGCAUCUGUUGGUGCUGUUGCAGGCCUGGUGUGCAUCACACCUGCAGCCGGCUUUGUGACUCCUGGCUGGAGCAUCGCAAUUGGUGCCUUGGGAGCUCCUUGGUGCUUUGCCACUGUGGAGCUGAUGAACAAGAUCAACUUGGUGGAUGACACUCUUGAUGCGUUCGGCUUGCAUGGUUCGGGUGGCAUCGCAGGUGCCAUCUUGACCGGCAUUUUUGCAGUGGAAGAUGGCCUCAUCUACAGCGGUAGCUUCUUGCUGCUGGGCAAGCAGAUUGCCGGUGCCCUGGCUGGUGUGGCUUUCUCUGCUGUGGGCACUGCCAUCAUUGUCGGAGUCAUGAAGCUGCUGCUGAAGCUGCGCAUUCCCGAAGAGCACGAGGUUGGUGGUGUUGAUCAACACACUCACGGUGAGAGCUACCACAGCCCCGUGAAGCAGUACCCCAAGGCCAAGUCUUCAGAUGUUUCGGAGUCCACUGAGCAGCCAUCUGAGACAGUGUGAACAAGUGCAGAGAGCAUAAUAUAUAGAGUUAGAGCUCAUAUGGAGCUAACAUAGAGCCAAUGAUUAAUGAGUUCUCACCUACGACACAGACACGAUAAACUACGACAAGAGCCAGGCAAAGCCUGGCGAAAUUCAAUCAGUCCACGAGGAUGGACAAUUUUACUUGCAUGUUUACGCAUAGAUUGGGAGCUUCUUGGACAGUCACUUGGCAUGCCAGAAGCUUUCAUAAGCUUUCAGCAUGAGGCACUUAGCCACUGUCUUGAGACGCAGGUUCUACAAGUAAGGACUAGUAAGGAGCUAUUUGAUGGGAUUUGCAUGGAAGACAACUUGAACUUGG